AUGGACUUCGUGGGCCCAUCCAAAGCCCCCUCGACCAAACAAGCCUGCGACAACUGUCGCCGGCGUAAAAUAAAAUGCUCCCGCGAUUUGCCCUGUGACAAAUGCCAGCGCUUACUGCUAUCAUGCUCAUACAGUGACGUGCUCCGUCGCAAGGGCCCCAAAUUCCGAACUCUCUACCCCCUCGCGCCGAUCCACCCCAUCCCCGCACGAGGCGAAACCGCAACUCCAGACCAGCUCUACAGCGCAGAUGGAUUUGGCGAUCAAUCAGGCUUCAGGAUAAGCUCUCCUACCUCACCUGCUUUCGGGAUCAACGAUGCACCAUACAGUUAUGAUCUCUCCGACUCAUUCUCACAACUCCCGCCGCCGGAGCUGGGCUCCUCGCCCGACAGCACGGAUAUCAAUACCGUUGAUUCCUCCGCAUACGGCCCUAUAAUCCCACCACAGAUAGCGCGAUUAUCACCACAGAUACUGCUCGCGCAUGUGAACGUUUACUUGAAAUACCUUUUCCCCAUUAUGCCCGUCGUGCGGGGUGAUCAAAUUCGACGCGAUAGUCAGCAGCCUGAGCGGUUAUUACCGCAGAGAUAUGCCUUCCUGGCUGCGUUGUGUGCUGCAACGCAUAUCCAGCUCAAGCUUGAUGGUGCGAAUCCCAUUCAAGACCCGGCCAGGAUGCAGACAUUGGGUGAUGGGGAUGUGCUCGUUUCUGGAGAGAAAUUGUUAGAGGAAGCUGUGCGAGCUCGAAGGGAAUGCGAUAUUGUGGAGGAUAUCAGUAUUGAGAAUCUGCUGACAAGCUUCUUCUUGUUUGCAUCUUAUGGGAAUCUGGAUAAGCAGACUCAUGCGUGGUUCUAUCUUUGUCAAGCUACCUCCAUGGCUUUCACGUUGGGGUUACAUCGGGAAUCUAGUUAUGCGGAUUUUCAGGUUGAGGAGGCCGAGGAGAGGAGGCGGGUAUUUUGGCUACUUUUUAUUACAGAACGAGGAUACGCCCUCCAACAAUCCAAACCAGUCAUGCUCCGCAGCUCAAUCCACAAACCACAAGUCCUCUGCUCCGAAGACCCGAUCUUAGCCUACGGCUUCAUAAACCUAAUCAACAUCUUCGAGAAACUAACCGCAAAUCUCUACGACUGGGUUUCCGCGGGUGGAGGCGAAGGACUUGUUGAGCAGGCACCCACAUCAGUCAUUCAAUCCAGUCUAUGCAAGCCGAUAACACUGGACGGUGUCCUCGAAAUCCAACAGGUUGAUAUCCUCAUCACGCAACAAUGGCUUCAAGCUAUGAUGUGGAAACUGUCUAUGAGUCAUGCGACACAACCCGGCUCAAAAGACGAAUCGGUCUUACCGUUUCAUUUACCCGUGUUGGUUGGCAAAGCUGUGAUGAGUGUGAUUGGCACUGCGUCACAGGGCGCGGUGGAUGCCCAUGGAAUUGGAAUGGAACAAAAAUUAUUCGACAUGGGCGUCUGCGUCACAGAUGUAGCCCGUUCCCUCGGCUCAAAAGCUGUCCACAGAUUAGCCGAAUCAACCGUUGAUCCCCGUGAACUGCUCUGGGGAAUCCUGCAUACUCUCUCACAAAUCCGAGGAUCCCCGUCUUACCUUUUUGCUCCGUUGUUGGAACGGUGCAAAACUGUCAUCGGACUCGAUGGCUCGAUUAACAUGGGGAAUUUUUUGCCUACGCUCGGUGAGCCGGGUCAGCGAUCUUGGGCUGAUGAGCCGGGUUGGAAUUUACUGGCUUCUAUGGAUCGCGGCGUGGAUGAGAUUCUGGGGGAUGGUGAGAAUCCGGAUCAUGGGAAUGGACAUGGGAACGGUCAUGGACUAUUAGGUGACUUAGGUCUGGGUCGACAAGGUGGACUUAGAUUUUGA